CGCGACUGUAUUUGUUGAGCUAUUUUAACGAGGUCAUGCUCUAUCGAAGCCAUGCUUCACAUAUGCUCAGAUGGCAGGCACAGGCUUGGCUUUGCAGAAGUCUGUCGCGAAGCCGCGCGUCCACUUCGACACCUGCCACUUCGUCCACUUCUCUUCCAGAGCUAGGUGGCACUACUUCAGUGGCGCCUCGCGAAGAGACGACUUCAGUGGCCAUUCCUGGACCAUCGAAGGUGUCUGAUAUUGUCUUCAAAGGUGCUCUGGACGAAGACCUCAAGGGUGGUGCCAGACAUGCCCCCGUGGUGUCACGCCUCUGGAGCAACGUUCCAGUCCACGCCGGGCACCGCAGGGCUUCGAUUCACCGUGCUCCGCUGAGCGUCGACCGCGAGCGUCGACCGCGUCGUGAGGUCAGAGAAUCCUUCAAGGCGCCAGCAACCUUGGAUGAAGCACCAACUCCUUCGUCGCCCUUGUUGGUGGAUCGUGUGCUGUCCGGGGUGAAGCAAUUGGCUGCCCGGUCUGGUUUGGCUCCAGCGCAUUGGGCCUCCGACGUCGCGAGGCCCUACUACGGCGGCCGGAUUCCGCUGGCGCCGUACCAGAAGGGCCAAACGGCAGCUUACAACUAUCCGUCAAUCCUAGUGCCACGUGAGAUGGCACACCGUUUUCCCUUUGACAUGUACGUGGAUCCGGUCUUUCAGACCUCAGACCCCACGGAGCGCAUCAAAAUGAGGGGAUUCACCCUUUUUACUCGCCUGCAGAACAAGACCACUCUCUUGUUGAUCUUCUCUGGACAACCGCUGAGUGGCCUUUGGACGGGUCUUCAGCAGUGGCUUGAGUCGGUGGGUGAGGAGUUCACGUCCUUGCCCAAGACCCAGGUCUUCAAGUUGCACUGUGAAGAAGGCUGGUUCAAUCGUCGGACCCAUCAGCUCACCAAGUUCCAGUUGCGGCGCCAGGACUUGGCGUUGGACGCCUGGGUGGAACAGGUCAGCCGUGCGAGUCAGAAGGGUGAGGCUUCAACCAUCGCUGAGCUGCGAAAGAUGGCGAAGUUCUUUUCCCAUCACAGCCAUGGACCUUUUGCUGCAUGCAGUGGAAGUUGGGUGGGAGCAGAUGAGUUCCAUUGUGAGAGGUACUACCAGGACUGGGGACAGGUGAAUGUGGAACCUGAACGAAGCGCAUCAGCUUUGCUGGUUCACACGGAGACCUUCUUGGUGAGCUUUGACAUGACAAAGCCGUUUAAGGUCAAGGCCAUCAUCUCAUUGCUGAGCAAUUUGUUCACGGUGGUGGUGAUGCUCUUCUUCGGGGUCGCCCUCUCACAAGUCGUGACCGAUUUGGCGGUCACGCCACUGGAGCGCAUGCUCGGGACCGUGAGAGAAAUCGCCGCCACCGUCUUCAAGUUCAGUUCGCUGAUGGUCGGACAAGAGGAGGAGGAAGGUCAAGAGGGUCGCUUGGAAGAUUCUGCGGAGAUCGACAACGCGGGCGAGAUGAUCCUCUUGGAGAAGGUGGUCGAGAAGCUGGCGGCCAUUGCCUCGGUGCAGGCCCAAUCCGAGCGCAUCCAACGAACCGAGGACAUGGACAAAGAAGACCUGGGCGUGUUGAGCAUGCUGCAGGGUACCAAAGAACUCCGACCCAGCAACUGCACGUCCACCUCCGAGGAGAAGCAACAGGAGAUUUACGUGAGGCCCACGCCGCUGCUCAACUACGAGGCGAAUGGCGUGGACGAGGACACCUUCAGCUCACUGGCUUUCUACGUGUAUGACCUCAGCUUGGAGCAGCAAGACAAGCUGGCUGUCCAUGUGAUGCUUUCACAUCCAUUUGGCGCUGCGGUCUUCAAGGGAGAUGAAAGUGCUGAAGCAUUGGCUGCACGCUUUGUCUCAGCUGUGCAAAAGGCCUACCCUGAGAACCCAUUCCACAACUUCGGGCAUGCCGUUGAUGUGCAAGCGGUCAUCGUCAAAACCAUGAAGCUUGUGGAAGCUGACUCAUUCCUCAGUAACCUGGAGCAGUUCUCCCUCCUGGUGGCCGGCUUGGGACAUGAUAUUGGCCACAUGGGUCUCAACAACGUGUUCUUGUCCGAGGUGGGUCAUGAGCUGGCCAUCAAGUACAACGACAAGUCGCCCCUGGAGAAUAUGCAUUGCUCGGCUUUAUAUCAACUUCUGGGCAAACCCGAAACGCAGCUCUUCGCACACCUCAGUGCAGAUGACUACAAAGAGGCUCGCAGAAUAUGUGUGGAAGUGAUUCUACACACAGACAUGAUGUGCCAUCAAAACAUGGUCAAGGACCUCAAUUUACUCUACCAGAUUCACUCUGAGGUGAUUCAGCCCGUCCGUGAGACUCGCACCACCGUCCGCAAGUCCAACUGGAAGCGGAAGACGAUGCACAAUGAAGUGCCCUCAGACCCCAUGGCCGUCUUUGCCGCGCCCGAAAACAAGAUGCUGGUGAUGGACGCGAUCGUGCACUCGGCAGAUGUGUCAAACCCUGCUCGAGAAUGGGCCGUGACACAAGCCUGGGCCGAGCGCUGUCUCGAUGAAUUCUUCGCGCAGGGCGACCAGGAAAGAGCUGAAGGAGUUCCGGUGCAAUUCCUCAACGACCGCGAGAAGUUGAACAGGCCGAAUUCUCAGAUUGGCUUCAUUGAGUUCAUGAUCGCCCCGCUCUUCGCGGCGCAGAUUUGGUUGUGGCCGAUGUACUGCGAGUUUGGCGAUUGUCUCUCAACGAAUAUUGGCAUUUGGGAGGAGCAGUGGGAAGAGCAGACUUCACCGUCGGAGGAAGAAGCCGAGAAGGUUCGCCUGCGGGUGCUGGAAGUCCAAGACAUGCUUUCUCGUGCAUCCUUGCGGAUUGCACAUUGACGUUAACGACUCGGCCCGCGAACCGCCCGGUCGUCGGCCGCGGUCGUCGGCCGAAGCCGCGCCGGGGCGUUUCCAUCGAGCGGGCUUGGAGUGUUUCACCGAGCGUUUCAGCGAGAGUGGUUCAGCGAGCGACCUUUGGCCUUCAAGCUUAAUAGCAAUGGCCUCCAACGCCUCCGCCCUAAGCCUAGUAGCGAUGGUUGUUUUGGAAUCGUCCUUUGCG